AUGGGGAGCGACGCCUUUACCGUGCUCCAAGCUCCGUAUGUUCCUCCAGAUUGCUGUAGCUCCGUGUUCAGAGCUGUCAGAGCUGGCCAUAUGGGAUGUGUGGUCAGGUACCCCACUUCGAAGCUGUUGGAGGUGGAUGGGCAGGGUAAAAGCGUGCUUCAUGUUGCGGCAAAACAUGGAAAUCUCGAGUUCGUUGAGUAAGUUGAGCACAAUGUGAUUCUGAUAGUCAUAAUAGUGUAAGGGUUGUUGUAAUGACAGUUUAAAACAGUAUUGAUAUUAUAAAUUUUUUUCUAAAACUUACAAUAAUAUAUUCCAGUUACAUCCUAAAAGAAGCCCCAGUCCUCCUCGACUUCCACAAUCAAACCCAAGAAACCCCGCUUCUGAUAGCUACAGCGUUUGGCCACUUCAAUCUAGUUCAGAGGUUUCUUCAAGGACCGCAAAGUGAAGUACUCAGAAGAGUACUACACCGUGAUGUUAACGGUACUAGUUGCCUAAUGUCUGCAUUAGCUCACAAUGAUAAUACAAUAGCUUUGUAUUUACUCCGACGUUUUGGCAAGAAAUUGGCAAUGCUGGCCAAUGAAGUGGAGAUGUUGCCAAUCCAUGUCGCUGCUUCUAGAGGGAAUCUAGACUUUCUGAGGAUCGUGGUUAAGUACGAUCAUAGUAUGGUGAACCAUCAAGAUAUUUAUGGUGUGUUUUUAAAGAGAUUUACUGAAAAGUAACUCUUCACCUUUAAACUGUUUACGUUUGACAGAGAAACAAACACUAUUUUUUGUGGGAAAAGAUAAAGAUAACAGUUGACACCUUUCCUGGCGAUUUUAUUGUAAGAGCAUUCGGUACCACUUUCUUGUGCACUUGCUACUACUGUCUGGUUACAGAUUACGACACACUGUUUUUAGAGUUAAAAAUGCUUAAUCCUUGACUUUCAGGGUGUACUCCAGCAGUGUAUGCAGUUCAAGGUGGGAGUUUGGCUUGUCUAAGAUAUUUGAUAGAGAAGGCCAAAGCUACAAUUGGUUGUCUCACUUCUAAAGGACAAUCUCUCCUUCAUGUAGCCGCCUUGUCGUCGCAAUUUAAUAUUUGUCGUUGGUUGUUGCAAAAGUUUGGGACUCAGGCGAUAUUAUGGCAGACGUUGGACAACGCCAAUGUUAUUCACUGUGCUUCAUGUAGGUUUAUCGCUUUGAUAAUAUUAUAUUAGAUCUAAUUCUCUAUAGAUUUGAGUUUAAUGCCAAUAUUUUAAAAGUUGAAUUACUUUCAGUGAUAAAGCUGUCACAUAAAAAAAGAUUUCAAUUCUUACAAUAUUGUUUUAGACAGCGGAAAUGUGCCAAGCCUACGUUUAUUAAUGGAACCCUGGUCUAAACGGAAGAAAAAACUUGUGCUAUCUCAACGUGACUCGCGUGGUAACACUCCCUUACAUCUGGCUGUAAUCAACGGUCAUAUAGCUACGGUUCAAUGCUUGGUAAGUGCAUCGUAUGUUGUGGUUAAGAUAAUUUGGUUACAGCUCGAAUUUGGUGCGAAUUUGUUUUUGGAAAAUAAUAAAAAACAAACGCCGCUGGCAAUUGCACACUUACGCAAUAAUCCGAAGAUGAUGAGAUUACUGGGACAACAUUCCGAUGGUGAGCAAUGACCUUUUAUUGGGUUAGGGGUGGUUGUGGCCAGAUAUUGGUUUAGAUACGUCAAUUUCGCUUUCAACUUUAAUAUUUUAUAUAAAAGUUUGAUGAAACGUUUAACAACAACAUCUUUUAUAAUUACAUUGUUGUAGACAAAAGCUCAAAGUCUAAGAAAAGCAGAUCGUACGCUGAUCUAGCUGUAUCAAAUUUAGAGAGCAAAAGUGGCAUCAGCAGUUCAGGAUAUUCAUCAUCAGCCAAAGGACAUCCUUUAAAGAGUGUGGGGUCCUUUCUGCUCAAUAUGAAUCUACAGAAAAUGAAUGAAACAGCUACACAAACUGAACAGGUAUGAUGAUUUAAGUAUUAUAAAUUAUAAAAUACGGUUUUCAAAGUUAUGUUUUACAUUGCGGGAAUUUUCAGAUUAUUUAGAUAACAAAGCAUGCAGCUAAACAAUGUUUAUGAAAGUUGUUUGUAAACAACAAAAUGCACUUUAAAAUUUAUUUACAGCUUUUGAUGCCAAAGAUAGUGAAAGUGGAAUAUUUCAUAAUAAAACGGAGUGUUUUGUUAUAUUUUUACAUAAAAAAAAGGCUAAACAUGUUAUACAUGCUAUUUUAAAAAACAUAAAAAAUUGAUAGUUCUUUAAAAAAAUGACUAAACCAAUAGGUUUUUGCUGACUAAAGCAUCACUUUGAGCAUUACAUAUAGUUCUAACAUUUUAGAAGGUUGAACACUCAUAACUUUGUUCAAAAUCUUUAGCAAAAUCAAUUUUAUUGAGUUUUAUGGCCAGAACUUGACUUCUUGGAGUUAUGAUAAUAUUCUGGGUUUUAACUUGCUCUUAACCAUAUUACUAUUAAUUUGAUUACUUUUUCCUUCAUUGUGUUAAGCCUAGAGGGCAUUUUUUAAUUUGGUUACAUUUUGUAAUUUUGGAGUUAUUUAUAUUUUUUUAGGUACAAAAAGAUAUUUUUUGAGUUGUAGCUUAGGUAUGAAGUUGAGUAAAACUAUUUGAUAUCAAUUUAGGUUAUUUAAACAUAAAAACGCUAAUAAUUUUAAAAUUUUAAAGUAGUUUUAAAAUUUUGUUUUAUGUUGUAGUAAACUGUAUAAAGUAAAAGUUUUGCUUUCACGCUCAAUAUCUAAAACAUUGAAACCAAAAAGCACGAUGUUAUAGUUGGAGCUUAAUUUAGCCCUUCACCGUCAUAAAAUAUGAUGUUGUAGUAGACGGUACAGUAGAAAUUGUUUGCAAUUAGCAUUACUCAUGCAAAUCGAGUUGGAUUGUUUUUUUUCAGGCCGAACACUACUGGGACGAGGCCUGGGCGGCGGUGUCGGAGCUGGAUCAAGUCUUGGCCGCACAUUCCUAA